UCGGGAGACAGUUCGGAAUGAAAUCAUCCGUACUCUGAAAGUUCGAUCGUUCAUUUUAACAGCUGGCUUUCAUGAAUAUAAUGCGAAUCAACUACACUAACGUUGGAAUAAUUUUUUCGCUCGUGGUUGUGCUUUAUAUCUUUUACAAACUAUCGCACUACUCUUCAGAAAGAAACCUGCCUGCAAGUGUCACCCCACGGACCAGCAACAAGCUUCCUACAGAAUCUUCAAUAGAUUUAAAAUCACUAGCCAGUGUUGCAAAAGCUGGGUUGUUUGAUGUCAGUCUGAGGCAAGCUCAAGAAACUAUAGAGGCUCUUAAAAAGCAGCUUGCAGAAGCAGAAGUAUCAAGAGACACAGUCCAGAAAAAAGACAUGGAACCUGUCAAAAGAAAAUUUAGUGGUCACAAACUUGUUCAUUUGGAUUUGAAAGGAGCACCAACAAAAAUGACUUUUCUGAUACAGGUGCUGCCAUAUUUUAAGAAGUGGGGAGCAACUGGUUUGCUGGUUGAGUAUGAAGAUAUGUUUCCCUACAAGGCAAAAUAUGAAGUCUUACAGGCUAAAAACUCAUACAGUGAAGCUGAAAUUAAACAGUUGCUGGAGACAGCAGCAGCAAAUGAUCUUAUUGUAAUUCCACUGGUACAGACAUUUGGUCAUCUGGAGUUUGUCUUGAAGCACAAGGAGUUUGCCUAUCUUCGUGAAACAGAACACUACACUAAUUCAUUAUGCCCAAACAACAAAGACUCUGUUCCAAUGGUUAUAGAACUCAUUGAUCAAGUUCUAGCUCUCCAUCCUGGUUUGCAGUGGUUUCAUAUUGGAGGAGAUGAGGUGUGGAAUCUCAAGACAUGCCCUGUCUGUCUUAAAGAUGCACGGAAUAAAUCUGAAUUGUUUGUGCAUCACAUGAAACCCAUUCUCAAACACUUGCAAGGCAAGAAGGUAACACCAAUCAUGUGGGAUGACAUGAUGAGGUACUGGCCUCUGGAAUACUUGAAAGAGCUUGGUCCUCUUGUUGAGCCAAUGGUCUGGGCCUACAGAUCUGAUCUCACUGGCUAUUUUCCUCCUGAUAUGUGGCAGAGAUAUGGUAAAGCCUUUAAGAAGAUUUGGGCUGCAAGUGCCUUUAAAGGAGCCACUCACCCAUGGAGCAACUUUGUUCCAAUUGGAUUUCAUGUUCAAAACAAUUUAUACUGGUUGGAUAUCAUUUCCAAGUUACCAUCCACUCUAGAAGUAAAUGGUGUAGCCCUGACUGGCUGGAGCAGAUAUGAUCACUAUGCCACUUUAUGCGAGCUUCUUCCAGCAGCUCUUCCUUCAUUGGCAUUCUGCCUUGGAGCAUUGAGUGAAGGUUAUAUGGAUGAGGAACUCAGAAAAGUGUUAGCAAAAGGACUGGGGCUUCCUGAAACAUUCCCUCUCAAUGUGGAGAGAUUUAAUAACAGGUUUCAUCCGGCGGAAGGAACGUUUCCAGGUCAUGAACUAUACACACUUGUUUCCCACCUGGAGAAGGCAGUGUUCUUUACAAGAGGUGUUGGGAACAUAGAGCAAAGCUGGUUGCUAGACCGUGAAGUACAAAACAAGUUUCUAAGUUAUUUUCAAGUGGAGAUGGCGUAUAACAGAACAAUGAAAGCGUUACAGAUUCUAAGAUCGGUGCAGUCCAAGGUACCAAAAGUUUUUAAUCCAGUCUACGACGAUAGUGUGGUGAAAGAAUGGACCAAGGACAAAAUAGAUGAUGGCAUCAAUCACUUGAACGGCGUUAAACCCAGAUUAGAAGAGUUGAGGAAAAUAGCUUCUGGGAAAGAAGAAAAACAAGAAAAAUCCACAGUGAAAGAAAAAAGCUAAGAAGCAGCACUAUAUUUUACACAAGAGUUACAAAAAAGAAAGACUGGACCUAAGUGAGGGAGUAUCAUGUAGGAAGAGAGAGGGGCUUUUAGUUGGUGUCCAAUCCCUCUUUCUGAACAUAUAGAGUGAUAACUCACCAAAACAACCUACAAUGGAUAAGGGGGGGGGGUACUUUCUAAAGAAAUUAGCGUUGUAUCGGUGGGGGGGGGGGGGUAUGAGGAGAUAAUUUGGUUUUUUCAACUUAGUUGAUUAUGUUAAUUGGCCACCUUAAAGAGUUUCUGGAGCUGACGUUUCAAUCUUUAGCCAUUCGUCAGAGCGAAGAGAGGAAUUUUGGAUCGUGUGUGAUAUAUAUGCAGAACUGGAGCUACGCUUUUGGUGUUUUAAAGUUCACUUGAAUCCUUCUCCUCCUCCUCCCCCCCUCACUCUUCCAACAAAGUUGAAUUUUGUGCGCUUUGUACACUUAACUAAGACGUGGUGACUAUAGGGGGAAGGGAGGUUCAGUUUCUGCGCCUGAAUUGGCAAAAAGUGGUCUUUUGUAAUAUAUUUGGAUAUAGGACGUGUUCUCAGUAAUUUUCCCAAAGAGAUUUGCCAGUUAGACGCUAAGGGAGGACCCUACCCAAGGUUCUGCCGCGAAAGUCAAGCUAAGGGUGAAUAUAGAAAAAGAAACUUACUGCUACUGUAUUUAAAACAAACAAACAAAAGGCAUUUUCUUCACGUUGUCUAGGAAUAGUGCUUAGCAAGGUGACUUGGUAGUUUUGAUGUCAGUAGAUUAUUCAGUCUUCUGUUCAACCCGGCUUAAUUGAUUCAGUCUAUGAAAAGGGUUUGUUACGUGCUCAUUUGAAGGUUUGUAACGUUUUAGAGAAAAACUUUCAGUCGCAGAUAUAGCCUUGAAAGGUUCAGUUUUAAAUUUUAUUUGCGAGUGUUGUAAAUAAUUAAAGGAAAUAGAUUUUUCUUAACGAGGCUGUUGU